AGAAGGGAUAAGACGCGGCGCGGCGGUUCGAAAAGUAAAAUCAACUUAACCAAUAAAUAGACUAACCUGCUCGUUGACAAUAUCAGUUAUUGUCAAAAACAUCUUCCGCUAUAGUUCGCUGGUCAUACAUAUGAACUUUUGAUUUGUUGCUGUGGUGUGCUACGUCGUCGGUCGUCUACACACUCUCGCGUCUUUGGUUAUUUUUUCUCUCUGUAGUUCAUUUUGUAUUAUUAAUCCGUCGUCGUCAUGUUGCGUCGUGCAGUUUUAUUGUUCGCGUUACCUUGUGUAAUUUUGGGCGCUGUUAUUUCGUCCAGCGAUACGGGCAACGAGAAUUUCAGACAAGCUCGCAAAGAAGACCCAUCCAAAUGGAAGGUGGCCAGCAAAUUCUUGGAAGACUGUAUGGGUCAAGAGUACUCCGAAAUGGCUCACUGUUUCGGCGUGAAAACCGUCGCCGUCAUUGACCGAGCUUCCCGCAUGAAUAGCAUCUCAAUCCUGCCCGGAGUCACUUUCGUAGCUGAUAACGAAGAACUUCAACGUUCUGGCCGAGCUUUGAUGACCGAGGAAGAAAUCGAAAACACCAUUUCGGCCGAUCCUAAUGAAAAAAGCUCUAAAUUGAUGGACUUGCUGUUCGACUCCGUAGGCAGAUUCUUGCAAACGCACACUUUACAAUUCAGAAUACCGAAAUCCAGCUCUCACGAAUUGCAAAGAGCUUUAGACGAAGGACGUGCCAAAAUCAAGAAGAAGUUGCUCCCAUUCUUGGGUCUAUUGGCUGUGAAAAUCUUCGCUUUAUUGCCUCUCUUACUGGGAGCCGUCGGUUUCCUCGCCUUGAAAGCUCUGCUCAUCGGUAAAAUCGCCUUGGUUAUCGCCGGUAUCUUGGCUUUACAAAAAUACUCUCACGGAGGCAGCUUCAGCGGUUUCAGUAAAUUGACCGACGGAUUCGCUCCGGCCGGAAGCAGCUACAGCGCGCCAGUCAGCAGCCCUGGCGGAUACUACAGACGCAGCAUCGAAGACCAAGCUGCCGCUCAACACCUCGCUUACAGCGCCCAAGUACCUCAGGAAAUCUCAUCGUAAAACACCUUGCUCGAAAACCUCAUCUUUUUCACUGCCUGUUUUACUUUCUCGAGUAUAUAAAUGUAUAACUCUACCAACUUUUAAAACUUUCCUCACCUCAUCUCAUUCAUCGAUGAUGAUGAGGUGUGUUAAAGUAUACAUUCAUAACGAUGACUUUCGAUAAGAUAACCUUAUACUUUCCACUUUUUUUUUGGGUCUUAUUCCUAGAUUUUAGAUACCCCUUUUUCCCUUAUCUCUCGAUUCCAAUUAAUUUAAGAUUUCAUUUCCUUCGUCCCUUUUCCCUUUUCCCUCCCUGUUAUUAUUUUUUACGCGUAGUCUCAAGACCCAAAUAUUUCUUUUCAUUUUGCUAGAAUGAUGAUGAUAAAGUACAAGUUUUUCUUUUUCUCUUAAGUUAUAUAAAUUUUAGUUUCUAAGUUAUUUAUUUUUCUUUCUUUCUUUAUUAAUUUAUUUUCUUUCUUUUUUUUAUAGAAAUCUCUUCUUUGUUAUUAUUUUUUUGUAUUUUUUUACUAUUUUUUUUCUUCUUUUUAAUUACUUAAUCGAAGCUAUAUACGUAAACGCACGUGCUCUUCUAAUCUAUCUAUACCUACCAACGAUUGUGCCAAUAUUUUAUUUAAAUUUUUCGCGUGUACUUUAAAAAAUUGCAAAUAAUUUUCGAUAUAGAAAGCAAUUACCAGAAUGGGUAUCCGCUUUCUGUAGCGAAGAUUUUCACAAUUUAUUACCAAUUUUUUACUUUACCAAAUUUAUCGUAAUAAUAUUUACACAAUCAAAAGAAAGAGAAAAAAAGAAAAAUUUCUUCAAAAUGCAUUAAGAUGUACUUUCUUUUUUGUAAUGAAACGACUGAAUAAAAUAAAUACGUUAUUGAAAAAU